UUUGUUAAAGCGCUCCGUUCCAGCUUGUGCUAUAGGCAAACUGGGCAACUGAAACAAUCUGGUCACAGGUCCUCGUUUUCGCUGCUCUAAACAUGCAAGCGAAGGGGCAGGUUAUGAAGAGAGAAAUGUUUCCUGUUUGUGUGUCUGUAACUUUUGGUUGCCACUUGGCUGGUUAUGGUCUGCAGACGAGAUUGCUGCUUUGAGUUAUGGACAUUACACUACUCAGUUACCUAAGCAGGGAUUACCUGAUCCAAGCAGAGAAUGGACGCUGAUGGCUGCAGUAAUACAAAUAGAGUCUGUGGAAGACACAAAAGUUAUAAAAAAAGUUGUUGCUAUGGGAACUGGAACUAAAUGUAUUGGGCAAGCAAAGCUACGAAAGACAGGUGAUGUUCUCCAAGACAGUCAUGCAGAGAUAAUUGCAAAAAGAAGUUUUCAAAGAUAUCUCCUUCACCAGCUUUCUUUGGCUGUAUCAGACACCAAGGAUUGCUUGUUUAUUCCAGGAACUGAAAAAGGAAAGUGGAUGCUAAGGCCAGAGAUCUCCUUUGUCUUUUUCACCAGCCAUACCCCUUGUGGUGAUGCCUCUAUUAUUCCAGUUAUAUCUCAUGAGGAUGAACUUGGACAUCCUCUGCCAUCUGAAGUUACAGAAAAGGACCACAGCAGCAACAAUGUGUGUGAGUCUGUAAAUACAACAUACAAAAGAAAGGUAAGAAGUGAGGAAGAUUUAGGUUUCAUAAGUAAGAAAAUGAAACAUAGUAUAGAAAGUGAUGAGAUACUGACCCGACCGAAGAAUUAUGAAGAGGAAAAUCGCCAUGACUUUCCUUCUACGUGUCAAAAAGCUCUGGAUGUGCAUAGAACUGGAGCAAAGUGUGUUGCAGGGGAGCUUCAGGACAGUUAUAGCCCAGGAGUAAAUUAUCACACUGUUGGGGUUCUCCGUAUCAAGCCAGGUCGCGGAGACCGUACCAUGUCCAUGUCCUGUAGUGACAAAAUGGCUCGCUGGAACGUACUUGGCUGUCAGGGUGCUCUGCUCAUGCACUUUCUGCAGCAGCCAAUCUAUCUAUCUGCAGUUGUGGUUGGAAAGUGUCCAUUCAGCCAAGACGCUAUGGAGAGAGCUCUCUAUAACAGAUGCCAUAAGGUGUUAUCUCUGCCUUGUGCAUUUAGAUUGAAUAGGGUUCAAAUCAUCCAGUCAGACUUGGAAUUUCAACAUGGAAGGCAUGCACUGACUAAAAAGGAUGCUACCAGGAAACUUGUUCCAUGUGGAGCAGCUGUUAGUUGGAGUGCAGUACCCCACCAUCCACUAGAUGUCACUGCAAAUGGCUACAGGCAAGGAACAACCAGAAAAGCAAUUGGAAGCCCUCAGUGCAGGUCUCGAAUCUGUAAAGCAGAAAUAUUCAACACAUUUCGGGAGCUGGUGCAGAGGCUGUCAGAGAAACAGCGCUCAGAGUCUCUUAGCAGCCAAGGACUGAAGACCUACUGGGAUUAUAAGGCGGCAGCUAUCACUUACCAGGAAGCCUGGAAUUGUUUGAGACAGCAAGCUUUCACAUCUUGGAUCCAGACACCUCGUGAUUUCCUUAUGUUCAGCUAACUGCAGACUGGACAUGCUUUGAGUGAUUGGCAGGGAAGGAAACCAUGAACUCUUUUUAUUUUAUUAAAGCCUUAUUUAAUAGUCAAUAAA